ACAUCUUCAAUAAAUGAAAAGUUCGUGGUCGAUGUGAAUAGUUUAGUUUUUGUGUAUUUCUUUAGAUAAUUUGGUUAAAAACGUGUAAUAAGUGACAAAUAUAUUUUUAAAUAUACUUCCCCUCUGCAUAUUAACAAGUUUUGCAUAAAUUGAAGUUAAAAAAUCACUGAAAUGGCGAUAAAGUAAUCUCUGUUGAAAAUGUUAUUGUGUGCUAAGUUUCAUGAUGGCGGCCCCUCGCGUCCCCCGCGCCUCCAUUUCGAUGACAGUCAAAUUAUGACAAUGCCGAUGCAAAGUUUGUGAUGUGUUGUGUUUUUCCGUAUAUUUUAGUGAAAGUGCAGUGAUUAGAGUGUAACAAAGACAGCAAAAUGAAUCAGGAGCACCAUAAUUUGAAUACGGGUGGCGGCCAGCCGCCUGGGAGCGCCGAGGGCGCGGCGCAGCAGCGGGCGCAGGCGGCGGGGCAGCCGGCGGCGGCGCUGGCGCCCACCACGUCCGCCACCGACCUGCGGGUCAACUCGGCCGCCGUGAACGUGGCCCUGUCCAGCGUCGCCAAGUACUGGGUGUUCACCAACCUGUUCCCGGGGCCCAUCCCGCAGGUCUCCGUGUACGGCCUGCCCGCCGGCGCCAGGAUCGAGAAUGGGAAGCCUGUACAGGAUGCUCUAGGCCAACAUGCCAGCAUACUGAAUGGGGACCCCAACAUAAUCCUAGGCCACCAUGCGGGCGGCCAGUCUCAAGUGACGGUGUCGGGGCCAGGCGGCCAGCAGAUACCCGUCACACAGAUCAUCGCCUCUCAACCUGGACAGACACAUGAAACCCUGGUAGCUCACAGCCAGCAGCAGGAGCUGGCGGGCUCCAGCGCCGGCGGCUCGGUGACCACGUCCCUUCAGCAGGUACCCACCAACCGGGUCGAAUUUGUACAACACCAUAACAUAGAGAUGGUAAAUCACGUGGGGCACCACUCGCAGCAGCACAUCCUGCAGCAGCAGCAGCUGCUGCGGCCCGACCAGGCCAACCAGCAGAUCCAGCUGACAGUGUCCGAGGACGGCAUCGUGACGGUGGUGGAGCCGGGCGGCGGCGGCGGCGGCAAGCUCCUGGACAAGGAGCUGCACGACAUCAAGAUGCCGGCGGACCACGCGCUCACCGUGCACCAACUGCAGCAGAUUGUGGGGCAGCAGGUAAUCGACAGCGUAGUCCGCAUAGAGCAAGCAACAGGAGAACCAGCGAACAUCCUGGUGACUCACAACGCGGACGGGACCACCUCCAUCGAGGCGAGCCCCGCGGCCGACGCGCCCGUCAAGGACGAGAAGGCGAAGGAAGCGCAUUUUGCGAUACCCGCCGAUGUCAAGGAUAUUAAAGGCGCUAUUGAUUUGAAGUCCGUGGGCGGCAUGUCAAUGGAGGGCGCGGUGGUCAAGAUCUCGGGCGGCGACGAGCUGCACGGCAUGUACAAGGUGAACGUGGAGGACCUGUCGCAGCUGCUGGCGUACCACGAGGUGUUCGGCAAGCUGCACGCCGACGCCGCGCCCGCCGCCGCCGCCGGGAAGCAGUCAAGCGGGCAGCAGCAGAUAGUGGAGAUCGAGGUGGACGGCGCGGCGGCGCUGGACGACUCGGCGCCGGGCCACCACGCCUGCGACAUCUGCGGCAAGGUGUUCCAGUACCGCUACCAGCUCAUCGUGCACAGGCGGUACCACGGCGAGAGGAAGCCCUACACGUGCCAGGUGUGCGGCUCCGCCUUCGCCAACCCCGUGGAGCUGUCGCGGCAUGGGAAGUGCCAUGUCGCGGGCGCGACGGCGGAGGACGCGCGCGGCGCCAAGCGGCUGUCGACAGACAAGCCGUACGCCUGCACCACGUGCCACAAGACCUUCGCGCGCAAGGAGCACCUCGACAACCACGUGCGCAGCCACACCGGCGAGACGCCGUACAGAUGCCAGUUCUGCGCGAAGACGUUCACACGUAAAGAGCACAUGGUGAACCACGUGCGCAAGCACACGGGCGAGACGCCGCACCGCUGCGACAUCUGCAAGAAGAGCUUCACGCGCAAGGAGCACUUCAUGAACCACGUCAUGUGGCACACAGGGGAGACGCCGCACCAUUGUCAGAUUUGCGGCAAGAAAUACACUAGGAAGGAGCACCUGGCCAACCACAUGCGCUCGCACUCGAACGACUCGCCGUACGCCUGCGAGCUGUGCGGCAAGGCCUUCACCAGGAAGGAGCACUUCACCAACCACAUCCUGUGGCACACCGGUGAGACGCCGCACCGAUGCGACUUCUGCUCAAAAACGUUCACCCGUAAGGAGCACCUGCUAAACCACGUCCGUCAACAUACAGGUGAAUCCCCGCACCGCUGCAACUUCUGCUCCAAGAGCUUCACGCGGCGCGAGCACCUCGUGAACCACGUGCGCCAGCACACCGGCGAGACGCCCUUCCAGUGCGGGUACUGUCCGAAAGCGUUCACCAGGAAGGACCAUCUUGUGAACCACGUCCGGCAGCACACGGGGGAGUCCCCGCACAAGUGUUCCUACUGCACCAAGUCGUUCACACGCAAGGAGCACCUCACCAACCACGUGCGUCAACACACGGGGGAGUCGCCGCACCGCUGUAGUUACUGCAGCAAGAGCUUCACCAGGAAGGAGCAUCUGAAUAAUCACGUCAGACAGCACACGGGCGAGACGCCGCACGCCUGCUCGUUCUGCCCCAAGGCGUUCUCGCGCAAGGAGCACCUCACCAACCACGUGCGCCAGCACACGGGGGACAUGCCGCACCGCUGCAACUACUGCAGCAAGAGCUUCAGCCGCAAGGAGCAUCUGAAUAACCACGUCAGACAACACACAGGCGAAACCCCGUUCAAGUGCACGUACUGUGCCAAGUCGUUCUCCCGCAAGGAGCACCUGACCAACCACGUGCAUCUACACACCGGGGAGACCCCGCACAAGUGCCCCUUCUGCACCAAGACCUUCUCACGGAAGGAGCACUUGACCAACCAUAUAAGGAUCCACACGGGCGAGUCGCCACACCGCUGCGAGUUCUGCCAGAAGACGUUCACACGCAAGGAGCACCUCACCAACCACAUGAAGCAGCACACGGGCGACACGCCGCACAUGUGCAAGGUCUGCUCCAAGCCCUUCACGCGCAAGGAGCAUCUCAUCGCACACAUGAGGGCGCACAGCUGCGGCGAGCGGCCGUACAGCUGCGGGCAGUGCGGCAAGUCGUUCCCGCUGAAGGGCAACCUCAUGUUCCACGAGCGCUCGCACUACAAGAGCGGCGGCGGCGCGCGCCCCUUCAAGUGUGAAGUGUGCUCGAAGACGUUUAUGUGUAAAGGUCACCUGAGCGCGCACCGGCGCACGCACGAGGGCGGCGCGGCGGAGGGCGCGGACGAGGAGUGCGGCGCCGCCUGCGCCAAGUGCGAGCCCGAGCCGCGGCCCGACGACGCGGACAGAAAUUCGACGGAGAGCAAGGCCGAGGUGGCGGCCGUGGUGGCGCAGACGCAGGCGGCACAGAGCAACGGCACCGUCAUGCAGAUCACUAGCCAGCAGGUGGUCCGAGCGGCGGUGGCGACGAGCGGCGCGGAGACGGGAGUCCCCUCCUACACGCACCACCCCGUCACGGUCAACUACUAGCACUCCCGCGCCAUGGCUUACUGCGAGCUGUGAACACUGACUGCCUCGUGACGUCACCACGCCACUGCAUCUGCGAGCUAGCGUGCUAAUGGACAUUACUCGAAUGGUGUUUCAAAAAUUUAUUGUGAUUCGCGGGGAGGGAAUUACGUCGCUUGCAAGACAUUGGGAGUGCACGACUUGAAUGACCUUCCGCGUUGCAAGACCCUGUGAUGCCUCAUAGCAAUACUCGUCAAGUGGAUGGGUGCACUUGCAUUCGCUAAUAGCAAUAACUGUUGGCACCGAGUUGCUACUGGAAAUACCAUAUGCUGCUACCAUUACAUCACAUGUUUGUGUUAAUUGUUACGAUGGAAAGUUACCGUAAUUUAACUGAAUCAUUGGAACAGAUAUCGUUGAAAUAUAUUUUACUUUCUUGCAGAAAUGCAGUCAUUGUUUUGUCAGUUGUUGACUAAAUAACUAAAAUGAAAUUGCAUUAUGUGACCACGCUGAUUAAUUGAGCAAUUAUUAUUUUUUUCGACAUUAUUGAGUGUAAUUUAAGAUUUUAAUUUUGUAAGUAUCAUUAUCAGGCAGAAAUUGGUCUUAUGUACUUUUAUAGAGCAUAUAAUUUCGAUAUUUUAAUUUCAUAUUUAUUUUAUAAACCACUUAUUUUAUGGACUUAUAUUUUUAAACUUUGUGGUACCAUGGUUCAAAGGUUUUUUGUUGGUGUAUAACUUAUAAUAAUAAAUUAUCACCGUUUCUUGGAAGGAACAAGCCACCACAUGCUGUAAUGAAAGUUCCUCAAAAGUAUUGAUUAUUUUAUAAGCAGUCUUUUUGUUAAAGGCUAGUCAGCAUCAUGCCUAUAUUAUUUUAACACGGGAGACGAUAUUUCAAUUUGUAAAUACUAUUUCUGCCUUAUCUUUCUUUCAAGUUAUACUGUACUAACUUAAAUUGAGAAAAUAAUCAAAAGGGGACCAUUUGAGCACAUACUAAACCGAAAUCUUGCUAUUUCCCUAGAAGCUAAGUUGAAGUGUGUUUGCGGUUUUGGAUCGUAUAUUUUUUUAUCUCAGUUUCUGCUUUUCUCUUCUAUCUUUAUGUUUUACUAUGUGAGGGUUAGUUGUAGUGUCUAUUGCCAUAUAUUGUACAGUACAAGUGUGAUAUUGAUAAAAUAUAAAUGUUACUGUUUGAGUUAACGACAAGUAGGCUGUAUAGCGAGGAGCGGUCUCCGGUCCGGUGUAGAGUAAGGUUUCGCGGGCGGAGUGGUGUUAUAAUCACUCCGCGCCCCUAGUAAUGCUGCUUGGACUAAGGUGUUGUAUUUAAAUGUAAAUAAAUAGCGUAAAGACUAAAGUGUACUGUGUAUUUAGAUGAUUUAGAGAUAAUAAAAUGUUAUAUAGAAAAUGGUGUGAUGCGAUUUUGAAUCGUGUGGAGUAGUCUGUAAUGCUUUUAUUUUGUGAGAACGCGACAGAUCAUUGAGACGUUAUAUCAGGGCCGGUACGGUUAGCUAUCUUCAAUGGUGCCACGCUAUUUAUAUUUUAUAGGAAAUCUUAAUCUUAGAGAGAAUAGUAUGUACUAAAUUAUAUUCCGUAAUUUGAUAUGAAUGAGAUUAAAAAAGCGAGAUAAAA